AUGGCUACUAUAAAAUGUUUCUUCAUCCUUCUUUCUUGCUUCUUUUCAAUUUCAAAUGGAAGGAUCCCCCCAGCUGAGUUUCGAGUUAAAGCUGUAAAUCUUGGAGGUUGGCUGGUCACAGAAGGCUGGAUCAAACCAUCCCUUUUCGACGGCAUUCAUAACAAAGAUCUCUUGGAUGGAACCGGGAUCCAAUUCAAGUCAGCAAAGUCUGGAAAAUAUCUUUCGGCGGAAACAUUUAAAAUAGGCGGAAGUGCCAAAAUCGUUGCCAAGAAAACAUCUGCUGCUGAAUGGGAAACAUUUAAAUUGUGGAGAGUCGAUUCGAGCAAUUAUAAUUUUCGGGCUGCCAACACUCAAUUCUUGGCACUUGGCUUGGACGGCAAGCAAUUUCUAUCACUAAUAACCGUGGCAAAAGAUCCAACUAUUUGGGAGACGUUUGAGAUUAUCAGAAAAGCUGAUGAUUUAAACCGUGUCCGAAUUAAAGGACUAAAUGGAUUUUUCUGGCAGGUAAAAUCAGAGGGGGUUGUUACUGCUGAUUGGGAUCGAUUCAAUACUACAUGGGGAGACGAUGAUCCCUCAGUUUUCUUGAUCACAACUGUGGGAGGAUACCAGGGUGAAUACCAAGUGACCAACGGAUAUGGUCCAGUCACGGCACCACAAGUGAUGAAGGAACACUGGAAUACAUAUAUCGUGGAGAAUGACUUCAAAUUCAUAGCAGAGAAUGGAUUGAAUGCUGUAAGAAUCCCAGUUGGGUGGUGGAUAGCCAGUGACCCCAACCCCCCUAAGCCUUUUGUUGGUGGAUCCUUGCAGGCCUUAGACAACGCCUUCUUGUGGGCUCAGAAAUAUGGCCUUAAGGUUAUAAUUGACCUACAUGCUGCACCGGGUUCACAGAAUGGUAUGGAACACAGUGCCACCAGAGAUGGUUCUCUAGAAUGGGGGCUGACUGAUGAAAGCAUUCAACAAACAGUAGCCGUCAUCGACUUCCUAGCCGCCAGGUAUGCAAAGAACCCAAGCCUGUUAGCAGUUGAACUGCUGAAUGAGCCUCUUGCACCGGGUGUUGCUUUGGACACCCUCACCCGCUACUAUAGGGAUGCUUAUGAUGCUGUCCGGAAGCACUCAUCCACUGCUUACGUAAUUCUGUCCAACCGACUUGGCCCUGCUGAUCACACUGAGUUGUUUGCCCUCGCCAGCGUGCUCACCAAACCAGUUAUUGACGUCCAUUACUACAAUCUCUUCUCUACCAUCUUCACUAAUAUGACUGUUCAACAGCACAUCGAUUAUGUCAAAACCAAUCGGACAGCUGAAUUGGCCAGUAUCACAUCACCAAAUGGACCUAAAAUCUUUGUGGGUGAAUGGGUAGCUGAAUGGGAUGUCAAGGGAGCAACAAGACAAGAUUACCAAGCAUUUGCGAGAGCCCAAUUGCAUGCAUAUGAGAAAGCAACAUUUGGAUGGGCUUAUUGGACUCUCAAGAACGUGAAGGAACACUGGAGUUUGGAAUGGAUGAUCAACAAUGGUUACCUCAAGGCUUGA